CUUCGUCGACAUUUUGAUUAUGCCUUCAUUUUUGGCUGGCUUGGUAUUCCAUCAGAUCCUGUAUUCACACAUGCUUAUCAGCAUCAGAAAUUCCCGUCGUACAUUAUUCCUGCGACAAGGUGGUUUCGCGCUUGAGCACACAUUUCCUUAGAGACCUUUUCUGGAUGCUUUAAAGUUAAAGUAAGAAAUCCAUAAAAUGCCUGAUAGAUCGGGUCUUUUUACUGUUUCCAAGACGAAAAGUCGCCUCCCGCCGCGACGUCCAAAGCUGAAAAAGCGACCUAAGCGGAAAUGUUCCCCCGGGAUCGCAAUCUGGAAAUCCGCUUCUAUUGGUGGAGAACGAAUAUUUUCGUUAUUCCGUAUUGGAAAGGCUUUUUGAUCCGCGGUUUGAUCGAAAAUCAACAAAUUCAAUGAUAAAGGACAUUUCUCCACAAGAAUUUACAAUGGAUAAACUUCUGCGAGAGGGAUUUUCCUGGCCAUUGGUAUUCACAAACGGUGCUCCAGUUGGCAUGAGAAUUCCAGAGGGCCUUACUCCUGAUGUGGUUGCAAAAGCUGCAGGUCUUAAGAGUAGAGUGGAGGUGAUCAACUGCGCCUCGCAGGAAGGAAUUCAGAUGCCCCUUGGUCAGUUUGUUGAAUACUUUACCGGUGGAGAAAAACGUUCUCUACCUCGAGGUCGUAUUUCGGCCAAGAUCUACAAUUUGAUUGAUCUGGAAGUCAGCCAUACUCGCCUCACCGAUCUCAUUGACGCUCCUUUACUGGUUCGUCAGCUAGAUUGGGCCACGAAUCUUUGGCCACGUGAUCUCCUGCCACCGAUAGCUGAUCUCCCUUCAGAACAGGAUCAUACAUUUUCUUAUCCGAAAACCCAGAAAUAUGUUCUGAUGAGUAAAGCCGGCAGCUUUACGGAUUUUCACAUUGAUUUUGGUGGGUCAUCUGUUUGGUAUCAUCUCCUCAGUGGCAAAAAGAUCUUUUUCGUCAUUCCACCAUCCGAAAAGAACAGGAACGUGUACGCCCAAUGGGUACGCUCUGGACAACACCUUGUAUUUCUUGCCGACGAAGUGGACGAAUGCGAGCGUAUCGAAAUAUCACCCGGCGAUACUCUAAUGUUGCCAAGUGGCUGGAUUCAUGCUGUUUACACGUUGGACGAUUCUGUUGUUGUUGGCGGAAAUUUUCUUAACAGUCUACAUGGAGAAAUGCAGAUAGACAUUUCCAUACUGGAGCAAACGCUAAAGGUCAAGAAGUCGACACGGUAUCCAUUCUUCAGCGAUUUGCUGUGGUUUGCCGUGCGCCGAUACGCCGCUGUGCUGAAAGGACGAAGUCCAAACAUGAGCCAAUACGAGAUCCAAAGCAUCUCCGCCGUUGUUAAUUAUUUAAAAGCAUAUGCUGAACUGUCACCGUCUGUUAGUCCGGUAGCAGCAAAGAGGAUUUACAGUCCGCUGACACUCCUGAAGGAAGUGGAAAGUCAUGUGAAAAGGUUGCAAGAAUGCGCUACAAACAGCGGAUUGAUUUUUGCUAUGAAUCUUCCGUUGUAUGACCGGCAUGUGGAAAGCCCGGAAAUAGGACAUCCCACCACAGCGCCACAGUUGCUGGCCAGUCCAGCCAGAAUGGCAAACGCGGAUCACGUAAUACCGAUGGCGUUUGUGAUGUGAUUGUAACAGUGCUGUGAUUUCCUAAAUUGUUCAAAGAAUGCCCCCCGGAUGAAAUUUCUACGGAGCCUACUCCGAGCACAGUAUCUGACAGCUGGACGCAAACAGAGAUCAGCUGGCCACUCAUAUCCCCGUAUCCAGUGUUUCCCUGGCAUUUUUGGAAUUUUCACACCAGUUUUUGUACUGAAAAUCCGGCCCUGUCCGAGACUAACGCGCUGUCUCCUACAAAUUUCGGUUUAUUUCCCUUCGAUUUCCGAUCUGCAGAAUUUCGCGGAAAUGGUUCAGUGGAACAGCCGCCUUUAACUUAUAUGCAGUUGUAAAUUGUUUCACUUUUGACGUUUUGUCAUUCUGUUCUGUUAAAUUCUAAAUACGAUUAUGCAGUAUUAUUAAAUUUUGGGUUCUUUUAUUGCCUUUACAUUGCAGUGACGGUAUUCAGUUGUAUUAAUGCAUAAAAUGCAGUUGU